CCUAUCUGCAGGCAGCAGCUAAUCUAUCUCCGUCUCCAUUUAGCCGCCGUCCACGUCCAGUCCAUGUGUCGCGCCACCGGUUCCCCCGGCCGUCGCCAUCGCCGGUCACCUCACCCUCCACUGCCGGAGGCCGCCGGAUCGAGCCAGGUAUAUAUAGCCCCUGCCUCACCAGCCUACACUUCCCACCCAACCACACCACUGAUCGCUCGCUCUCCACCAGCUACUAUUCUCACCUGCACCAUUUCUCUCUCGCGAUCCAAGCCGAACGAGCCAUCUAGCUAGCUAGUCUGACUAUCUGGUAGGUGGUCAGGUCAGGCAUGGCGAGCGCUACGACAGAGCAACAACGGGCCAGCCUCAUCGUCGACGAUGGCGAGGAGGAUGAGCAGCAGCAGCAGCAGCAGCUUGACGACCUUGUUGGCCGCGCCGCCGUGGUGGCGAGGGAGGUGAGCAAGCGGGUGUCUCGCCUGGCCGUCGAGGGAGGAGGAGGAGGCGACGCCGCCGCACGACGCCAGCAGGGCGUCUUGAACAUCGGCGGCGGAGGCGGCAGUGGAGUUGGCGUCGGCGCCAGGCCAGCUGCAGGGAACGGCCAUCAUCAUCACGAGGCGGACGCGGUGGCGGCGCCCCACUUCAGGCGCUCGUUCACGGCCGGCGCGCGGGCGCUGCCGCCGCCGCACGCGUGGCUAGCGAUCGAGGACACGAGGAAGCAGCAGAAGCAGGAGCACGACGACAGCGACGAGCAGUGGGCGCGUGUCUUCCAUGGCGGCGGGAUGCAUCAGCAGCAGCAGCAGCAGCAGUUUCAGAGGCGGAGCAGCUUCAGCGUGGUGCGGCGGGAGCGCGCGGCGCGGGAGGCGUGGCUGGACCGGGCGUGGGAGAUGAAGCGGAGCUGGCACCAGCGCAACGGCGGCGCCCCCGACGCGGACACCCCCGUCGUGGUGGUGGUGGGGACGUCGCCGAGGGCGUCGUCGUCGUCCGACUCCCAGCAGCAGCAUCCGGCCAUGGCGUCGGGCGGCGGCGGGGUGGCCAUGGACGUGGAGGAGGUCCGCGCGUGCCGGGACCUUGGGCUGGAGCUGCCCUCCGACUGCACCGUCGAGAUCCAGUGCUACGGGCUGUCCGGCGGCAGCAGCCCCACCCACACCGCCACCCCCGGCAGCGGCGCCGACUCACCCUCCGCCCUCUCCAGUCUUCCUGGAGGAGGAGGAGCGGAUCCGAUGGACGUGAAGGCUCGGCUCAAGGUGUGGGCGCAAGCGGUGGCGCUUGCAUCCACCACCCAUCUCAGUUCAUGAUAUAUACGGAAUACGUCCGGGCCUGCAAAGUAGUUGAACAAAUUGGAGUGUUCCAUAAUAAGUUUUUUUUUUAUUUAUAUAUAGUCAUCAUAUAUGUAAGCAAAUGCGUCGGUGCAUCUUUUCUUUUCUUCCAAAUUAAAUAUACAUUCUAGAUAGCUAUAGUCUAUAUAAGUAGUAUCUAAUUAAUCUCCGCGUGUAAUGUACUAGUCUACACUAAGUAGAGUACUUAUUACUCUUCGAUUUGGAAUAAUGUGUAACCGUCCAGUGUGUGAGAGACAUUAUCUAAGCGUGCCUGUGUUCGUGCAAGGAAUUGUAUUAAUGUAAGCUCUACCCUUUUUAACAAAUUAAGCUGAGAACAAAUGUAUAUUUUUUAUAUACUCACAUAUA